GCGAGGGGCGCUCGGCCGUGGGGACAGCGAGGCCGGGCGGGUGGGAGCCUGGCCGGGGGGACAGAGCCCUCGUGGUGGGGUAGACGGGCCCUGCGCCCUGGGGCGGAACUGUGGCUGCGGGCACAGACAGGACUCUCACCGAGGGCUCAGGGGGCACGCUGGCUGUGGGAACCAGCUCCUGUCUAUGGGGAGAGGUACCUGGCCAUGGGGACAGCCGUGUGCCUGGCUGCAGGGACGGGGCCCUAGCCAUGGAAUGGGGUCCUAACCGCGGGGACAGGGCCCCGUGGGGACAGAUGGGGCCAUGGCUGUGGUGGCAGGUCCCUGGCACUGGGGACGUGUUUCCUGCUGAGAUGUGUCCCUGGUUAUGAGGAUGGGUCCCCACCUGCCAGGUCCCUUGUGUUCCUGCCCCGGACACCUCUACCAGCCUUGCCUUGCCCGCAGCAGCAGGGUAGCAGAGCGGAGGGGGCAGUUGGGGUGCAGGUGACAGGCUCAGCCAUGCCUUACCCUGCAGCAGCUGUGGGACAGGGAUAUCUGUGGGCAAGAGUCCCUCUCCCAGAUCUCAGGCCUUGUCCCAAUGUCAACCCACUCACCAUCUUUCAGGGUACUGUGGCACCUCCAAACUGCCCUCAAAUGUGGGGAUCCCAGGGCACAGCCUGUCCACCAGCAGUGAGGUGGUUAACUGGGCUGUAUUCCAGCCCCGGCCCUGCUGCCUGCCAGACUAGCGUUUUCCUGGGCAGGUUGCUGGUUUGAGGCCAAGGGGAGGGCCAUGCAGGGGACUCCCGGGCAGCCUUUGUCCUAGGCACAGCGCCGCACUCCAGGUACGCACUGACACCGAGGAAAGCGUCAGCUGGCCCCACUGGCAGCAGCACAGGUUGGAAGAGGAAUGGAGUACAAAGCCAAGGCCAUCACAGGUCUCCUGACAGCCACCUGUGUCUUCAGCAUCAUUGCCCUGAUACUGAGUGCUGUAAAUGUGAAGAACGUGUUUCUGCCUCCUGGCACUAAGUACGGCCUGGUGUUCGAUGCUGGCUCCACACACACGGCUCUCUACGUGUACCAGUGGCCUGCGGACAAGGAGAACGGCACAGGCAUCGUCUCCCAGGUGGAGUCCUGCACUGUGAAUGGAUCUGGCAUCUCCAGCUACGCAGAUGACCCCGCUGGGGCUGGAGCCAGCCUGAAGCCCUGCCUGGACAAGGCCAUGACAAUCAUCCCCGUAGAGCAGCAGCGGCAGACACCCACCUACCUGGGGGCCACAGCGGGCAUGCGGCUGCUGAGGGAGCAGAACAGCACAAAAGCUGAGCAGGUCUUCGCUGAGGUCACCAAGGCCAUUCACGAGUACCCCGUGGACUUCCGUGGAGCUCAGAUCCUCACUGGGAAUGAGGAGGGUGCCUUUGGCUGGAUCACCGUCAACUACCUGCUGGAGACACUUAUCAAGUUUUCCUUCGCAGGAAAAUGGGAACAUCCACAAAACACUGAAGUUCUGGGAGCUCUGGACCUUGGAGGAGCCUCAACACAAAUAACCUUCCAGCCUGGAGUCACCAUUGAAGACAAAAACACGUCUGUCCUCUUCAGGCUGUACGGUACCAACUACUCACUCUACACCCACAGCUACCUGUGCUAUGGGCAGAUGCAGGCCUUGAAGAGGCUGAUGGCAGCUCUCCAUCAGGACAGCCCGUACCCCCAGCAGAUAUCACACCCCUGCUACCCCAGGGGAUACCAGGAGAACAUCACCACAGCAGAGCUCUACGACAGUCCCUGCGUCCCCGCUCCGGGCACGCCCAGCCCUGCUCAGGUCCUCACGGUGACAGGGACAGGGAACCCGGCGGCGUGCCGCACUGCCAUCCUGAAGCUCUUCAACUUCACCUGUGGGGCCAACAGGACGUGCGGGUUCGACGGGGUCUAUCAGCCGCCCGUGCGGGGACAGUUCUUUGCCUUUGCUGGGUUCUACUACACCUUCUCCUUCCUGAACCUGACCAGCCAGCAGUCUCUAAGCCAUGUUAAUGCCACAGUCUGGAACUUCUGCAACAGGAACUGGACCGAGCUGGUGGAGACCUUCCCGCAGAACAAGGAGCACCUACACGCAUGCUGCUUUGUGGCACUUUACAUCUUGACACUGCUGGUCGAUGGCUAUAAGUUUGAUGAGCGCACAUGGAGCAGCAUCCACUUCAGCCAGAAGGGGAGGAGGACACAGGUCACAAGGACACAUCUGCACAACAGCAGCUGCCCUUUUAAGCCCUUGGGAAAGGGGAGAGCAAAGCUGUCUGUGUUAACUGGCACUGGCAGGAAACACAGACAUUGGCUGGACGCUGGGCUUCAUGCUGAACCUCACCAACAUGAUCCCCACAGAGGCUCUGGAACAUGUCAAGGGGCAGCAGCCCAGUGUGUGGGCAGGUGCCAUCUCCUUCAUUGUGCUGGCCACAGUUGCAGGCCUGGUGGGACUUCUCCUACAGUGUUUCUGGAAAUCCAAGUAGCUCCAGGUAUCAAGCCUAGGGGCACCCAGCCUUCUAAACCAAGCAGGGAAAGUGGUGCAAGAAAAGAUGGAAGCAAGAGAGGGAAGAAGGCAUUCAGCCACACCUCCGCUGCUCAUGAAGUCUUCUCGAAUCACCUCUGUAAAGACAUCAAAGGCAUCUUGAGCUUCCUACAAACCUCCACAAGGAAAAGAUGCCAGAAACCUCUUAGAUCUGGCUGAUGAAGGCCAAAUGGAGGUGUGGCAGCCAUAUAAAUUCAAACUAGAUAUAAAACUCUUUUUGUUUUUCAAAUACAAAGGUCGCUAACCAGCCUAGCAGAGUUUCCGUGCCUUGGUGCUUCCACUCCUGCUGGGUUGGCUCUCCCAGCUGCAGCCGUGGAAGGCAAUGGGUGCUGGAGAGCAGUGGCGGCCACCUACGCUCUGAGGAGAGGACUGACAUUUUCUGUAUCCUGUCUUGUACAAGAUGUGCAAGAUUUCUGUAGUAUGUGACAGAAUAUCUUUCCAAGGACAGACUGUCAGCUGUCUUUAAGACAUUUACUGGCUUAUCUCAGCAGAAAAAUACAAUUGGAACUUGAUUUAA